AACUGUAUCCAGACCGCUACCCAUCAUGAGAGCCACGCUCCAAUUUGCUCUCCUGCUGGCCGGCUGUGUUUGGGCCACAAUUGCUCAGGCUCAGAGUAGCAAUCAGGGUAACAGCAGCCACAGCAAUCCAGGUGAAAUCACCGGCAGUGACGGAGCUGGAAGGACCGAAGCAAUCCGCUUCAGCAACAAAGCAAAAGAUGAUUGUGUAAUGGUCGUAUCGAGCUACCAGAACUCUACAAAACUGCGUGUUUCCUGUAAAACCAAGGGCAAAUCAUAUUGGUGCGAUUUUUUGGGCAAGCCAAACCUGUGCCGGUCCUACAGCAACAACCCACAGCACUAUUUCACCCAGAUCAUGUGGGAGAUGCGUAAAUUACAGAAUUCCUGCCACGGCCUCCGCACAUAUAAACCCCAAAUGUGCCGCUCUGCAGCAGAUGAAGCACAGAUGGUAUUCCACGCAUCCUGGCCCAAAAUUCAGAAACAGCAACAGCCUGGUAAGGUGGGACGUGCAUCUAAGCCAAAAGAGGGCUCCAAAGCGGUUAAGAAUCCAGCUCUCAAACCUAUUCAGCCUCAGAAACCUGUUAAAACCACCACACAGAGACCAACAGAGACACCGAAGAACUGGGCAGACAAAGCGGCAGAGGAACACUGUUGGGAGAUUCUACAGGGAAUCUGUUCCUACGUCAUCAACUGGUUCCAGUGAUGAAGAACUUUCAUACA